AUGUAUGCAAUGCAGCCACCGCCACCGCCGCCGGAGAAUCCAGAUUCCGAAGCUACCGGUGCUCCUUCUCUGGUCAGAACUUACCACGCCUGGAAAGGCAAUAACGUAUUUUUUCUUCAAGGGAGGCUUAUAUUUGGACCUGAUGUGAAAUCAAUAUUUAUAUCUAUUUUUCUUAUAAUCACUCCUAUUGCCGUUUUCUGUGCUUUUGUAGCCAGGAAACUGUUAGAUGAUUUUCCUCAUCACUCGGGAUUGUCAAUAUUGAUCAUAGUUAUUGUUCACACACUGUUCGUUCUGAUCACCCUUGUUCUGACCUCAGGAAGAGAUCCAGGCAUUGUACCUCGUAAUGCUUAUCCUCCGGAACCAGAUGACCAUCCAGCGAUUGCAAAUAUGAACAAUGGACAAAGUCCACGGCCACGUUUGCCACGGACGAAGGACGUAAUUGUCAAUGGUAUACCUGUGAAAAUCAAAUACUGCGAUACUUGCAUGCUGUAUAGACCCCUCCGUUGUUCUCAUUGCUCAGUAUGUGAUAACUGCGUGGAGCGAUUUGAUCAUCACUGCCCAUGGGUGGGCCAGUGUAUUGGAUUGCGAAAUUACCGGUUCUACUACAUAUUUGUCUUCUCUGCAACUCUGCUUUGCUUGUAUGUACAUGGCUUUAGCUGGGUCUACAUUAAGAGGAUCAUGGACUCUGAGGAAAUAUCAAUUUGGAAAGCAAUGACCAAAACUCCCGCAUCCGUUGCACUUAUAAUCUACACUUUCGUUUGUGUCUGGUUUGUUGGUGGCUUGACUGUUUUCCACACGUAUCUCAUCAGCACAAACCAGUCUACUUAUGAAAAUUUUAGAUACCGGUAUGACCGACAAAUCAACCCAUAUAACAGAGGGAUAGCUGCGAAUUUCAAAGAAGUAUUCUGCACUAGCAUUCCUCCAUCCAAGAACAAUUUCAGGUCUAAGGUUCCAAAGGAGCCAUCAGAUUCAUCUCAAAGAGUGGGUGUUCAGUCCCUGAGCCCUAUGAUGAGAAAAACCACCGGGAACGUGGAAUUAGUAGGGAGGCCAGUUUACAAUGAGUCUGACGAAGAGGAAAGUGAUUAUAGAGAUAGGUUGACUAACGAGGAACUUAGCAAGGAUAGUGGAUUGACUGAUAUGUCGACGGAUUUAAGCAGGACAAUUCGCACGGAAGGUGGGGAGGGACAAGAUAUUUUAUUUCUUCACUCUCUGGGGGAAAGAACCAGCAGAAAGUGGGACAUAACUCCUGAAGUUCUGGACAGAGUACCUGAAGUUGGGGAAUCAAAUUGCGCUGCUAGUGACUGUAGUAGUGGGCCUAGUGGGAACUCAACUAAAGCGGCUGCACUGCAUAGUGCGUAG